UGAACUUGUUACAAAUCUCUCAUAGCUUCGUAAAGCACUCCGGCGAUCGGUGCCGAAAGCAAGACUGUUCGGCAUUCAGGACCAGAACUUGGCGCAAAGGACGACAACCGGGCAUCUUUGUGGUGCAAGCGGACUACCCGUAACUUAGGACUGUGCGUUCUAAUUUCGGUUCUGCUAAAAGGGUUAACCAGCUCGUCUGUAAAGAGAAGCAUUGUUGGCAUGGGCGGCAUCGCACGGGGCACUCUCUUUCAACAAGACCAACGAGACGGUGACAAGAUAUGCUGUGGCCCUCGGGACACGGGAGGAGCAAAAUCCAUACACAGCAGGAUGAGUCGAUGAAUCAGCGGGUGCUGGCAGGCUACGAGAAGGCGCUCGAACGUGACCGCACAUCGACUCUCAAUACGGUCAACAACUUGGGCAACCUCUAUAGGGAUCAAGGCCGGCUGACGGAGGCCGAGUCGAUGUUUGAGCGGGCGCUGGAAGGUUACAAGAAGGCGCUCGGACGGGACCACACAUUGACUCUCACUACGGUCAUUAACUUGGGCAGUCUUUAACGUUGGAUGUAGAUAGCUGCGAGUAACUGUUACUAAUAAACGUUAGUUAUCUG